GCAUGUGAAGAUUUACAGUACAACUUCCUACAAAGUAGUGCACAGUUUUAACUAUGAAGCAUCAAUUCUCAGUCUUGCAUUAGCACCUGAGGAUGAAGCUUUGGUUGUAGGCAUGACAAAUGGCAUAUUGAAUGUUAAACAUAGGAAGCCUGAAGGAGUAAAAAAGGUUUUGCAUCGGAGAAGGCCUGCCUACCGAACCUUUGUGAAAGGAAAAAAUUACCUACCAAAGCAGGAUGAUUUAUUUGUCAGCAAGCCUGUGAAGAACUAUUUGAAGAAAUAUGACAAGUUCCUGCGAACUUUCCAGGUUUCCAAGGCUCUGGAUGCAGUACUUCAAGGCCCUGCAAAAAAGAAUCCGCCUGAAGUUACAGUUGCUGUCAUGCAAGAAUUAAACCGCAGAGGAACCCUGAAAAAUGCACUUGCUGGGCGGGAUGAAAAGCAGCUCAGUGUCCUCCUUUCUUUCUUAAUAAGAAAUGUGACUGAUGCAAGAUAUGCUCCUGUACUGAUAAAUGUUGCAGAACUCAUUAUAGAUAUAUAUAUGCCUGUGAUUGGACAAUCCUCAGUUAUUGAUAAGCAGUUUCUAAAACUUCAAAAUCUUGUAGAGAAAGAGAUUGAUUAUCAAGAGGAAUUGCUAGAAGUUUUGGGAAUGAUGGAUGCACUGUUUGCUACCAUGACAAGAAAACAAUCCAGUUCCAUGGAUGUGAACAAAAAGGUUGAGCUAUAAAAAACACUGGAACUGUGCUGAGAAAUUUCACCAGUGGAAUCUGCAUUUAGCUCUUAUUUGCAACCAAAAGUAAACAUUACUUUUGACUGGAGAGUGACACAUCUUCUGAAAUAUUUUAAUGCAGCCAGGGUGGAUUUAUAAAUUCAAAUGCUAUUUUAUUUUACCCUUUUAUUUAUGCAAAUUCAUCAGGCUUUCCGUUUUAGAUUAUUCAAAUAUUUUUCUACUCAUUAAAAUUUUCAGCUGCUAAAGGGGAAAUAAAUACCAGAACUUGAAGAAAACGGUAUCAUAUCUUAUUUGCAAGCUCUCUCAUGGGACCAUUUGCAUUUAAUCAGGUCUGCUUUCAUUUGGGAAAACCAAGCCUUUGGAGAUGUUUCUGUGCCAACUUUCAACAAAAUUAUUUCUAUAAAAAUAUUCUGUAAUAUGUAUAGUAUCUAAGGAUGCUUAUGCUGAAUAUUUAAAAUUUUUAAAUUCUAAGAAUUUAUCAUAAACAUGUAUUUUCUGUUGAUAUCUCAGAAGAUGAAAAUAAAUAACCGUUGGCUAAAUAGUA